CUGGGCAAGGAGCUGAACAAUGGGAAGAAUGUUUCUGAAGAGCAAUCUGACUGUAUGCUGCAUCUGCAGGAGCAUGAAGAAGCUCUUUCUACUGUUCUCUCUCCUGCUGUCCUAUGCAGCUAAUUUGGAAGGCCAAAAGGACAAUCAGUUCAUCUGGAAACCAGGUCCCUGGGGAAAGUGUGCAGGAGACUGCGGGCCAGGAGGAUCUCAAAGCCGAGCUGUGUGGUGCUUCCACGCUGAAGGGUGGACAAGUCCUUUGUCUAACUGUGAGGAGAGCAGCAGGCCUCCAAAGGAAAGAAGCUGUUUCCGAGUGUGUGACUGGCACAGCGAGUUCUUUCAGUGGGAAGUCUCUGACUGGCACCACUGUGUGCUUCUCCCUGAUGCCCAGGACGAUUUCAGCCCUGGAGCUACGGAGUGUGUGACCGCCCAGCAUGGGCUGCAGCACCGGACCGUGCGCUGUCUGCAAAAAUUGAACAGAACCUUGGUGGCAAGCGAGAUCUGCGAACACUUUGCUCCUCAGCCUCCCACAGAGCAAGCCUGCCUCACCCCUUGCCCUCGUGAUUGUGUCGUAUCUGAGUUCUCCCCAUGGUCCAAGUGUAGCAAGAGAUGUGGAAAGACAUUACAGCACAGAACUCGGGUGGUCAUUGCACCUCCUCUCUAUGGAGGCUUGCAGUGUCCAAAUCUAACUGAGUCCAGAGCUUGUGAGGCUCCCUCAAACUGUCCUCUGGGGGAAGAAGAAUACACCUUCAGCCUUAAGGUUGGGCCAUGGAGUAAAUGUCGACUCCCUCAUCUUAAAGAGAUUAACUUCAGUGGAAGAACUGGUCUGGAUUUUAGUUCUGAUUCAAAUGAGCACGUGGUCCUUACACAUCAGAGCUACAAAGCUCGUCACCACUUCCAGCUUGUGAGUGUAGAAAUUGGGUUCCAAACCCGCCAGGUGUGGUGUACACGAAGUGAUGGCAAAAAUGUUCUACAAAGCCUUUGCAUGCAAGAUUCUUUCCCACUGAUGGCCCAGCCCUGUAUCAUGCCAAAGGACUGUGAAACCUCAGAGUGGUCCUCGUGGAGUCCCUGCUCCAAGACCUGCCGUUCUGAGAGUCUUUCACCUGGAGUUAGGAGAAGGACCCGGAAUGUGAAUCACAUUGCUAUUGGGGGUGGGCAGGAGUGCCCCGAACUCCUUGAGAAAGAGGCCUGCAUUGCUGAAGGAGAGCACCCACAACCAUGUCCCAGGUAUGCCUGGAGAACCUCAGAAUGGACAGAAUGCCACACCUCUCUUCUGCUGAAGCAGCAUGAUCCCCAUUGGCAUGAGAAAAGACCAGUUUGUGGUGGUGGGAUCCAGACCCGGAAGGUAUACUGUGCCCAGAGCCUACCAGCAGCCUCCACACAGGGAGCCAAGGAAGUUUCUAGACCUGUGGAAAGCACAUUAUGUUUGGGACCUGCCCCCUCUGCUUCCCAGCUUUGCAAUGUCCUUUGCUCUAUGGACUGCAUUUUAUCUUCCUGGUCAGCCUGGAGCCCAUGCAGCCAUGAAAACUGCCAAGAUCCACAGGGGAGGAAAGGAUUUAAAAUGAGACAGCGCCAUGUGCUCAUGGAAUCCACAGGGCCCACAGGGCAGUGCCCUCAUUUGGUAGAAGCUGUUCCUUGUGAGGAUCCGAUGUGCCACCGAUGGUUGGUGUCAGAAGGGAUCUGUAUUCCUGAUCAUGGAAAAUGUGGCAUGGGACAUCGCAUCCUGAAGGCCAUCUGUCAAGAUCAUCAAGUUAUCUUGAACUGGUUGAUUACAGGAGAAGCUGUGUCAGGGAGCCUCUGCCCCAUGCCUCCUCCUCCAGAGCGGGUAGCUUGUGAACUUCCCUGUCGAAUGGAUUGUGCUGUCAGCGAGUGGACAGUGUGGUCACCUUGUUCCCAGUCCUGUUCAAACAAAAACUCUGAAGGAAAACAGAGCAGAUCAAGAUCCAUCCUGGCUCUGGGUGGAGAAGGUGGAAAACCAUGUCCUCCUGUUCAGGCACUCCAAGAAUACCGUUUAUGCAAUGACCAUUCCUGUAUGCAGCUCUACUGGGAGACAACACCUUGGGGUCCCUGUGCUGAAAAUACACUCAUAACUGCCCUUAAUGCAACUAUUGGCUGGAAUGGACAAGCUACCUGUGGUGUGGGCAUCCAGACACGGAGGGCAUUCUGUGUCAGGAGUAAUUUGGGACAAGUAAUGGCCAAAAGAUGUCCAGAUUCAACAAGGCCUGAAACUAUUCAAUCCUGCUUUCUCCCAUGCAAAAAAAACUGUGUUGUGACUGCAUUCAGUGAGUGGACACCUUGUCCCAGGUUGUGCCAACCAGGAAAUGCCACAAUAAAGCAGUCUCGAUAUAGAAUUAUAAUCCAAGCAGCAGCCAAUGGAGGUCAAGCAUGUCCUGAUACCUUAUUUGAAGAGAGAGAGUGUGAAGAUGUCUCAUUGUGUCCUAUAUAUCGGUGGAAGCCACAGAAAUGGAGUCCUUGUAUCUUAGUGCCUGAAUCCAUCAGGCAGGGACUAAUGGGAAUAAGUGAGCCUUGUGGGAAGGGGUUACAAACAAGAGCUGUCUCAUGUAUCUCUGAUGAUAACCAGUCAGCAGAAAUGACGGAGUGCUUCAAGCAGACAAAUGGCAUCCCUCCUCUUGUUCAGGAGUGCACUGUGCCCUGUCGUGAAGACUGUACCUUUACUCCUUGGUCCAAGUUUACACCCUGCUCCAAGAACUGUGAAGCAACCCGAAGUAGGCGACGACAGCUCACAGGGAAAAGCAGAAAGAAGGAGAGGUGCCAGGAUGCUAACCUGUACCCUCUUCUGGAAAUGGAACCUUGUCCGUGUGAUGUGUUCAUAUCACAACCUCAAGGAAACUGGUCAGACUGUAUUCUUCCAGAAGGCAAAAGGGAGCCUCAGCGAGAACUGCAGGUACAAGGAGAAGAGAAAGAAUGUGGAGAAGGUGUGCGUUUUCAAGCAAUCAUGUGCUCUGAUAAAAAUGGAAGACCUGUUGACCCUUCACACUGCAGCACCUCUGGUUAUAUUCAGGAAAAAUGUGUCAUCCCAUGCCCAUUUGAUUGCAAGUUAAGUGACUGGUCCAGCUGGGGUUCUUGCAGUUCAUCUUGUGGGAUUGGAGUAAGAAUUCGAUCUAAAUGGCUCAAGGAAAAACCUUACAAUGGAGGUCGACCAUGUCCCAAACUGGAUCUCAAGAACCAGGCUCAGGUUCAUGAAGCUGUCCCAUGUUAUAAUGAGUGCAAUCAAUAUACCUGGGUUGUAGAACACUGGUCCCCAUGCAAAAUUAACAAUGAACUGAGAUCUCCACGAUGUGGAAGAGGAACACAGUCUAGGAAAAUCAGGUGUGUAAAUACUGCUGGCAAUGAAGGUGAAGCAGUGAAUAUGAGCCUGUGUACCCAAGAUGACACUCCCUCAGAAACCCAAGCCUGCUCUCUCCUGUGUCCCAAUGAAUGUGUCAUGUCUGAGUGGGGAGCAUGGAGCAAAUGCCCACAGUCAUGUGAUCCUUACACAAUGCAGAGAAGGUCACGUCAUCUGCUGCGACCAUCACUGAGCUCAAGGACUUGUGCUGAAGAUUCACAGUUGCGACCCUGUCUCCUUAAUGAAAAUUGCUUCCAGUUCCAGUACAAUCUGACAGAGUGGAGCACAUGUCAACUGAGUGAAAAUGUGUCCUGUGGCCAAGGUGUGAGGACCCGUCUGCUGAGCUGUGUGCGUAGUGAUGGCAAGCCAGUCAGCAUGGACCACUGUGAGAAGCAUAAUCUGGAGAAGCCCAAGAGAAUGAGCAUCCCCUGCCUGGUGGACUGUGUGGUCAACUGUCAGAUCUCAGGAUGGACAACUUGGACAGGCUGUUCACAGACAUGUGGCCAAGGAGGUCAAAUGAGCCGCAGUCGAUUUGUCAUUAUGCCAACGCAAGGAGAAGGACGGCCCUGCCCCACAGAGCUAACCCAACAGAAAACCUGCCCAAUAACCCCCUGCUACAGAUGGCUCCUUGGCAACUGGUCUGCAUGUAAAUUAGAGGGUGGAGAGUGUGGGGAAGGAAUUCAGGUACGCAGCUAUUCCUGUGUGGUCCACAAUGGCUCUACCUCUCACAUAGCUGUCCAUGUGGAGGAUGCCCUAUGUGGUACGAUGCCUUUUCAAGACGGCAUCUUGAAACAGUCAUGCUCUGUGCCAUGCCAAGGAGAUUGCCACAUAACUGCAUGGUCAGAGUGGAGUAAGUGUGAAUUAACUUGCAUUGAUGGGAGAAUCUUUGAGACCACAGGCCGUCAAUCUAGAUCAAGAACAUUUAUAAUUCAGUCAUUUGAGAACCAAGACAGCUGCCCUCAACAGGUUCUAGAAACACGUCCUUGUACAGGUGGCAAAUGUUAUCACUAUGUGUGGAAAGCAAGUCUUUGGAACAAUAAUGAACGAACUGUCUGGUGCCAACGUUCAGAUGGCAUUAAUGUCACAGGAGGCUGCUCCCCUCAGGCACGCCCUGCUGCUAUUAGACAAUGUGUCCCAGCCUGCAGAAAACCUUUCUCCUACUGCACACAGAGUGGAGUUUGUGGCUGUGAGAAGGGAUACACUGAGAUAAUGAGAUCCAAUGGCUUCCUGGAUUAUUGCAUGAAAGUACCUGGUUCAGAGGAUAAAAAAGCUGACGUGAAAAAUCUUUCUGGGAAAAAUAGACCUGUAAAUUCCAAAAUACAUGAUAUUUUUAAAGGAUGGUCUCGUCAACUACUUGAUACAGAUGGCCGAGUAAAAAUUUGGGUUUAUGGCGUUUCAGGUGGCAGUUUUCUUAUCAUGAUUUUCUUAGUAUUCACUUCCUAUCUUGUUUGCAAGAAGCCAAAACCACAUCAAAGCACACCUCCCCAACAGAAGCCUCUGACUUUGGCCUAUGAUGGAGACUUAGACAUGUAACUUGAAAAUGAAAUCGAAAUGUAGACAUCAACUGCAACUGCCUUAACCACUUUCUCUUUUGUAGCUCUCAGACUUCUCAGUUUUUUGAGGAAUCUCAUGAUGUGAUAUAUUGGGCAGAAUACAAAUAUUGCAGAAGUAAUAUUGCCCUAACUUCAUUUGGACAUGGAGUCAAGGACUACUAGGUCUGUCAUUUUGUUUUCAAGUUGUUUGUUGGUACGAAAUGUUUUGUCCUUUGGUUUCCCAGGGGUACUGAAAACCCUUCUUUUCCUGUUUGAAAAUGGGAGGAAGAAUGGUGAAGGAAUUCUCACAGACUUGAAUAUACUUGAUCUUCAGCAGCACAUUGACAAUCUGGAGGAAAGUCCAAUCAAGGCAUUUACUGCAAAUGAUGAGUCUGACACUGUAUUGUUAUGCACUAUAUUAGUGCAAAGUCUUUAUUCUUCCCAUACUUCAACAUGAGUUUUCUAGAGUCUACAUUGGUUCAAAAACUUUCAAAUUGGAUUGCCUAUUUUCAUGACUAUAAAGAGAAUGGGAUUCCAUUUCAGAAGUUCUCUGAGUUUUUUAAUCUUUAAAUUUUGUGUUUUUAUUUUGUAGCCAGGGUGUGAUGGCACUUUGCAGGUUGUAUCUGUUGAAUAGUGUGUGCAUAAUUGCUGAACAAGGGGAAAGAUAGGUAGCUUCUGAGAGAAAUGUGUCCUGUUACAAAUAAAAUAGGUGGUUAUAAUGGAGAAUGGGGUAGAAUAUUUGUUUAUUAAAAGUGUAUUUCAACAAAAACAGCUAUGUCAAUAUAGCAUUGAUCACACACAGUUAUAAUUCAGUUUAAUGGUAACAAAAUCUGCUUUUGUAAUUUCAAUUUUAUGAUCUGAAUAUUUAUAAAUUCUUUUUUAUUUAAUUAUCUGACCUUAUUUAAUAUGCAUUGAACACUAAGCCUAUUUGUAGAAAGUCUUGUUUUUAUAAGUUUUCAA